GUGGAUAUUUAAUUUAUUUUCCAAAGAGAAAUAUGACUUCAAAACGUCUGUCCUAGGGGUUCCAUUUCGCCUUUGGCCAUCAGAGUUGUGCUUGUUGGGUUCUUUCAUUUGCUAAUCCCCGCGUGACUUAAACGCUCUUAGUUCCACUACUGCAGUUUGUUGAGAGCAGGAGCCACUGCGAACUUUCAGUGUAUGCAUAAUUAUGUCCAGCAGAUGGAGCUCUAGGUCCUGUUAGUAACACCAGUCAAUAACAGCCAACCCAGAGUCUCUCUCCUCUCCUGGAUGAUGAGGUGCGUAAAGAGGCGCCAACGCACCACACCGGGCUUGGGAGGUAGCUAAUGAGCACACCAGACAGCCAGCCCCUGUCCAAGAAAUCCGCUCAGAGCCGGAGACACCAUGAAAACAAACUGCAGAUUGCGGAGUAACGAUUCACCUGCAGACGACUGAGUGAAGCGGCAGGAUGGCGGGGGGUCGGAGGGGACUUGUGGCCCCUCAGAAUACUUUUUUGGAGAAUAUUGUCAGACGGUCGAACGAUACCAACUUUGUCCUGGGAAAUGCUCAGAUAGUGGACUGGCCCAUCGUCUACAGCAAUGAUGGUUUCUGCAAGCUGUCGGGGUAUCACAGAGCAGAGGUGAUGCAGAAAAGCAGCACCUGCAGCUUCAUGUAUGGGGAGCUCACAGACAAGGACACGACGGAAAAAAUGCGACUAACAUUUGAGAAUUAUGAGAUGAACUCGUUUGAAAUACUGAUGUACAAGAAAAACAGGACGCCUGUUUGGUUUUUUGUGAAGAUUGCUCCCAUUCGUAAUGAACAAGAAAAAGUGGUCCUGUUUCUCUGCACAUUCAGCGACAUCACAGCCUUUAAACAGCCUAUUGAAGACGAUUCUUCCAAAGGCUGGGGAAAGUUCGCCCGGCUGACUCGUGCUCUAACAAGCAGCAGAGGAGUCUUACAACAGCUGCAGCCCACGGUUCACAAAGGAGAGAACGUCCACAAGCACUCCCGCCUCGCUGAGGUUCUGCAGCUCGGCUCUGAUAUCCUACCUCAGUACAAGCAGGAGACUCCCAAAACUCCACCUCACAUCAUCCUGCACUACUGCCUCUUCAAGACCACAUGGGACUGGGUUAUCCUCAUCCUCACCUUCUACACCGCCAUCAUGGUGCCCUACAAUGUCUCCUUCAAGAUGAAGCAGAACAACGUCACGUGGCUGGUGGUAGACAGCAUUGUGGAUGUCAUUUUUUUGGUGGACAUAGUUUUAAACUUCCACACCACAUUUGUUGGACCUGCCGGUGAGGUCAUCUCAGACCCCAAGCUGAUUCGAAUGAAUUACCUUAAGACUUGGUUUGUUAUUGACCUGCUGUCAUGCCUGCCAUAUGAUGUCAUCAACGCCUUCGAGAAUGUAGAUGAGGGCAUCAGCAGUCUAUUCAGCUCACUUAAGGUGGUUCGGCUUCUCCGGCUGGGUCGGGUAGCUCGUAAACUGGAUCACUACAUUGAGUACGGAGCAGCGGUCCUGGUGCUGCUGGUGUGUGUUUUUGGACUGGCUGCUCACUGGCUGGCCUGUAUUUGGUACAGCAUUGGUUAUUAUGAGAUUAUUGAUGAGGAAACCAACAUCAUUCGGAAGGACAGCUGGCUCUACAUCCUGGCUGAGACAGUGGGCACACCAUACUACUACAACGACAGCUCAGGGAACUGGGAUGGAGGGCCUAACAAUGACUCUGUCUACAUCACUUCUUUAUAUUUCACCAUGACUAGCCUGACAAGUAUAGGCUUUGGUAACAUCGCCCCAACGACAGACGGAGAGAAAAUCUUUGCUGUGGCCAUGAUGAUGAUUGGAUCCCUUCUUUAUGCCACCAUUUUUGGUAACGUGACAACGAUUUUUCAGCAGAUGUACGCCAACACAAAUCGUUAUCACGAGAUGCUCAACAGUGUCCGGGACUUCCUGAAGCUCUACCAAGUUCCCAAGGGCUUAAGUGAAAGAGUAAUGGACUACAUUGCCUCCACCUGGUCCAUGUCACGGGGCAUAGACACUGAAAAGGUGCUACAGAUUUGUCCGAAGGACAUGAGAGCUGAUAUUUGUGUUCACCUCAAUCGCAAAGUUUUUAAAGAGCACCCGGCUUUCCGAUUGGCCAGUGAUGGGUGUCUCCGAGCACUGGCCAUGGAGUUUCAGACUACCCACUGCGCCCCUGGCGACCUGAUCUAUCACGCUGGUGAAAGUGUGGACAGCCUCUGUUUUGUGGUGUCAGGGUCACUGGAGGUCAUUCAGGAUGAUGAGGUUGUUGCCAUUUUAGGAAAGGGAGACGUAUUUGGGGACGUUUUCUGGAAAGAAGUGACUCUGGCUCAGUCCUGCGCCAAUGUGCGAGCUCUGACCUACUGCGACCUCCACGUUAUCAAACGCGACGCUCUGCAGAAGGUGCUGGAAUUCUACACGGCAUUUUCCAACCACUUCUCUCGAAACCUGCUGCUCACUUAUAACCUGCGUAAGAGGAUCGUUUUUCGAAAGAUCAGUGAUGUGAAACGGGAAGAGGAGGAGAGACGGAACCGUAAAAAUGAAGCCCCUCUGAAUUUGCCACCAGAUCACCCAGUACGAAAACUUUUCCAGCGCUUUCGACAGCAGAAGGAGGCCCGCAUGGCGACUGGAAAACCAGAAACAGAUGAACAAGACAUUGAGAAGGGUCCUCUCUAUGUGGACAUCCCCAAAAAUAAAUCAGCUAUUACAACUACCAGCAUUGUCACUGUAACAGAAAGCCCAGCUACACCUUCAUCUUCAACUCCUCAAUCGCCAUCACCUCUCAACUGUACGGUCGCAGACAAGGCAAAACUGCAAGUGCCAUCGUCCAUUUCUUUGGUUGGUGGCCGCUCUGCUGAACCACCCAAACUGAAAGGCUGGGGUCGCUUUAAGGAGUCGAUGGCCAAAGCUGAUAACUGGAACACAGUGUCUAAAGCUGAAUCCAUGGAGACUUUACCUGAACGAACCAAGGUGCAAGAAUCCCCGAUCUCUUUAAAAAAGACGGACUCAUGUGACAGCGGCAUUACCAAAAGUGAGUUACGCCUGGACAAAGUGGGUGACUUCCGCUUGACGCCUCAGGACCGCAGUCCUGCCCAGCCUCCAGAAAUGAGGCAUUUCUUCUACCCCAUCCCGGAGCAAACACUUCAGGCUUCACUGCAGGAGCUCAAGCUAGAGCUAAAGGAUGACCUUAAGAACCUAAAUGUUCGAAUGUCAGGCCUAGAGAUGCAACUCACAGAAGUGCUAAAACUCCUGAAAGCCAGCCAUUCAAGCUCUGGCUCUCCACAGCAUCUUUUUGACAUUUCUAGACCUGCUUCACCAGAAGUGGACAAAGAGGAUAUCUUCUCUUGAAGAAUGAAAGAGUCAUCCGGCAACAGUUGACCUUAAAUUCAGCUGAAUCCAGUAAUAUUACAGAUUACUCGGAUAGCUGAGACCACACUGGGUAUACCAUUUAGAUUAGGCAGCAGUGUAGUAAGAUGCACCAGCCUUCAUCCUAGGGUGUACCUACCUGGUAGCAAGGUAACGUCGUGCUGACAAGUUGAGGUCGUAACCUAGAUUUUUGUGUCUUGGAAUCUAAUAUCUGAAGGUUACACAAAAACUGACAGCUCUCUGUUUGUACAUACGUUUGAUUUAUCUUUCGCUGCACUAUGAUGGAAAAAUACUUUGAGGGGUGGCAUUUUAUGAAAAGUCUGUUCAGAUUUUGGGGGAGGUAGGAGAAGGAGGUAUCUCCAUUGGAAGGUUCCAAUGGAAGCAGCAUGACCCACUGGUUUGUUAGCAUUUGUAAGAGAUUCUUUGCAUGUCACAUAAAGUAGACGUCUGCCUCAAAUAGCAGUUGGCGCAUAUUUGAUUAAUUGAGGCCGCACGCCGAUCCAUUUGCAUUAUUUCACAUUGACAGGGAAAGAGGACAGUUUUUGCAGAUGCUGAAUCAAUCUUAAUGUAAUUUCCUCAAACAGUUAUGUAAUUAUAUCAGAUGCCAGAAUCAUUAUGAAUUAAACAACAGAUAACUCUGCCCGACCAAUCUGAUUUUCAAAAACAUGUUUGAGCGCAGAUCCUAAUUUCAAUAAACCACAAAUAGAUGUGCUUCAUGGAAAAUUGAAUGAAAUGCUAACUAGUGAGGCAGCAAUUGGCAAGUUAUCCCUCUUUCCUGAUAUCUAGGUUUACUAUGUUACAGCUUUGGUGAUACAUACAGUAAUUUUAUAGGUACUGACUGUGGCCAAAACCCUUACAAAUAUAGAAAGUAAUGGCGAUUUGCACAAUAUUUGUAAACUAAAAUUUGUGUACAAUAAAACAGGCUGUCAGAAAGUGGACUGAGAUCACCAGACCAUUUUUGACUUUAAUGGUCCCUUAAGUAUAUUUUUACAUUUUAAUCCUGUUAACAUGCAUGAUUUAACAUUUCUGUUUGUCCUCAUUUUUACUUGAGAAAGCAAACAAACAAAAAAGCUAAUAUUAGGAGGUCUUUUCGGAGCACAUGUUCAGGGUGAGUGUGUGAAAUGCAGAUGAUCUUGAACUGUUUUAAAUGUGUUAACUUGCUUCUGGCUUUGAAAAAUUGAAGAGUUUCCUUCAGAGUGGGAAAAAUCUUUAACCCCUCAACCCCUUUUUAAUAUGAUGCAGUCAAUACAAAAAAUGUGUUGCAGACAUUCAAAUGUUUUUUAAAACGACACACUUGGUGCAGUAAUGCCUGAAUUAUGCUUCAGCGGGAAAUCUACGGCAUAACUUACAAGAUAACCGGAAACCCCUUUUUAAACCGUACACCUUCCACAUAACCUGAUGUGCCCCUCCCAAGAAAUAUAACUACGGGCCGGGUCGACAUAGCCCACGACGACUGAAUGCCGUGGAAGGUCCAGUGUAGGGUUAAAAGGGGUGACUGGUUACAUCGUCAGUUAUGCCGUAGACUUUCCACAGAAGUCCAUAUCACGCAUAGCUGUUGUAGGAGUGUUUCAUAUAGAUGCUGUAUGUUUAUGUUAAUAUAUAUUAUUUAAUUGUUACAAUAUACACUUUCACUUCAUCAGGUACACCUUGCUAGUACUGGGUUGGACCCACUUUUGCCUCUAGAACUGGCUUAUUUCUUCAUGACAUACAUGUAGAUUCAAUAAGAUGCUGAAACAUUGCUCAGAAAUUUUGGUCCAUAUUGAUGUGAUAGCAUCAUGCAGUUGCUGCAAAUGUUCCCCUUUUUAAGAAAACAGUCUGAGAUGAUAUAAUUUUGUGACAUGGGACUUUAUUCUGCUAGAAGCAGGCAUCAGACUAGCUGACAUUUUUCCAAUCUUACUACUGUCCAAUUUUGAUGAACCCUUGUGAAUUGUAGCCUCAGUUUCUCGUGGCACCUGGUAUGUAUUCUGCUGCUACAUUCGGUGAUGCCCUUCUGCAUAUCUUGGUUGUAACUAGUAGUUAUUUGAGUUUCUGUCGCCUGCCUUCUCUGACUUCUGGAAUCAAGAAGGUAUUUUCACCCAAACCCAGUUUUCCUUUUUCAGACCAUUCUCUGUAAACCCUAGAGGUGGUUACGUGGGAAAAUUCCAGUAGAUCAGCAGUUUCUGAAACACCCAGAGCAGCCUGUCUAGCAUCAAAAACCAUGCCACUUUCAAAGCCACUUAAAUCAUCUCUCUUCACUGGAUAUCUGCAUGCCUAGAUGCAUUGUGCUGCUGCCAUGUGAUUUGCUGAUUAGAUAUUUUUGUUAAGCAGUCAAACAGGUGUACCUAAUGAAAUGGCUGGUAAGAAUAUAGAUUUAAUGUGAUUAUUUUUAAAUUUUUUAAAUGAAACAUCUUUAUUUUAUUUUACUGUGAACAUGCUAUUAUUUCUUUUUAAUAUCAAAAGACUUGUUUUUCCCCAAUUCCACAUAAUCUUCAGUAGUUGUAGCGUCUAACUGGCCAAGAAGAGCUGCAUUUGUAUCAUACAGACAUUUAGUUUAUACUGAUGAGCAACUUGCUUUACGUAACACGAUGACUACUGUAGACUCUGAGGGUAGAAAUUGAAUGUUGACAUAGAAUGCUGUAUUUUUAUCAAGUCCCAAAAUGUAUUUAUUUAUUUAUUUUUUAUUUUUUUGUAUUGAACACCAGCAUCAGGCAGAUUCCUCCAAUCAUUAUAAAUAAAAUAUACAAUAACAGGAACAAUCUCUACAAUUUCAUUUUUCUCGUUAACUCUUGUUAAAUAGGGAUUAACUCAGAUUGCAAUAAUUCCUGCAUGAUAAAUACUAAAAGUUUACAUAUAUGCCAAAUAUUAUCAAAUUUGUCCUUCGACUUUAAAUUUAAUGACCAAAACAAAUUGACGCACGUUUCCGAAAGCAAACAAACAAAAAUACAAUAGACAAUCAAUGUGAUCAAUGUGGACAGGCUGACUGAGUGGAACCUAAAUGAGAAAAAUAUGCAUGAAACAAAGUAAAGCAGAGCAAUGCACUCUGGUAUUAAGCAAUAAAAAAAGGCACAGUUAGCUUUUACAGUACAAUUUAGUUCUAAGAUAUCCGUCGCCGCACUUGAGAAACAAUGAAUAAUGGAAGAAAGUUUCAUAAUACUCUGCAAAUGUGAGUCAUUUUUUAAACAAUCAGACUGCAGGUAAUGAAGCCUGGAAAGUGGUUGCAAUCAGCUGAAAUAAAGUUUUAUAUCACUGAAAUUAACGCUUGUAUUUCUAAAACAAAUAAUAUGACUUUUGGUUCGUCUUUGGAAAAAGUAGGAGCUUUACUGAAUUUAUCCAAUAAAAGCACCUCUUUUCAUGAGAAAAAAUAACCAUUUUUCUUUAUUAUUCAUCACUCAUGGAUAAUUUAUGUUCCCUGCGCGCUUUCUCCGUCACAAAAGACAAGACGGGACGGACACAGCUGAGAGGAAAAAGAUGCUGAGGUUUUUACUCCAACACUCAUGUUCCAUCAAAAAUUCAGCCUGCUAAAAAUAAAUGGGCAUGUCAUCACAGAAGUGAGAACUCAUUAGGUUUAUUGUCAGUGUUUGGGGGGUCUGCUUCUCCAAGAAUUGUGAUCUCAAAACCAAAGAAAAGGCAGUAAAAAUCACCAUGGCCUCUCGAUCACAGAUUAUUCAUGAAGCUGCUGCGCAAGAGUUCACAAAUCAAAGGGAGAGGAAAAGAGGUCAGAUGGCAUCGCUGAGGAAUUCAGUCACUGUAAUGAAAGAAGGAUCUAAAGAUUAUGUAACUCAAGACAAAGUCUUUAUCUUAGCAGCAAAAUCAACCAUCAGAUGUUUUUAAACGCUUUGAAAGUGCAAACAGAUGUGACAAAAACGUAUUUAUUAUCUAUGAAUAGAUGAGAUGAGGAUGAUCAUCUCAUCUAGUCAUUAUGUUUGAAGCCAGCAGAGUUCAACGCAGACUCAGAUAAUUGACAAAUCUCUGGCUGUGAGCCUGCAACUCUUUUCUUUUCAGAUCUGUUUUUGUAAGUGACUAUUUUAAUGUUCAAUUUCAAGUUAUCUGAAAAGAAAAAAAAAAGAAAUGAUAGGGUUUAGUUUAAUACCUGUUACUGCGACUUUCACAAUUUAGCAUAUAAAGCAUGGUUACUUGAACAAAACUCAUUCCCAACACGGUAGGAUAAAUCCAGUAAAGUUACUGUGCUAUUUUAAGAAAAAGCAGACCUACUUUGGCGGUUUUGAGGCUACAUUUGGCAAAUGCUAAGUCAGGUUUACAUCAAUAGCAUGCACAAUUCUUGAAACAACAUUAAAGUAUAAUUUAACAAUAUCUAUGUUGUGAGAAGAUUUAAACCACACUCAUGUCUGUGCAAUAACUGCAGAAUAAUGGGCCGCUCACAUAAACAUACUUAGAGAGUGAUAGGAUGCUUUGUGCAGCCCGCUGAGCACCCGAGAUUUAAACUCCACUUUAUGCAAAUGAUCCAACAACCACACAAGAACCAGUUACACCCAUUUUAGUGUGCACUGAAAACUAAGCGCAGCGGUUUAGUACUCUGCUCCACCAAGGGUAGGGAAAUUGCUUCAGCGCAUACAUACGGCUGUAAUCAUUAUCAGUCUCGUUGGUUUUGUAUAAUAACAGAUUCAACAGUGGUUUAAAAACUGUGUAACAGGGAAAUGAAGUGUGCUGUAUGGCAGCAGCAUGCCCCCCUCCUCCUCCUUCAUCCUUUUCUCUUGCUGUCUCCUAAGAGACAGACAGAAAACCCAGAACUCAUUAAGGCAAAAAACUGAAAUAGUUGCAAUUGUUACCUUGAUUAAAUUGGAUUUUAACUCAGUUCCACCAACAAUGGAAAAACUCAACAAAUACCAGUACGGUAAUCUAAUUUAUAUGUAAUCCAUAUGGGAUUACAGGAGGCUUUUAGAAAGAAACAUUUCUAGGGCUAACAACGGAUUUGUAGUCAUGUAGAUGUCAACACUUUAAAUCUUCGUGUCAAACAGAAGAUUAAAUGAAAACACCUGCACUGAUUUUUUUUUUUUUUUGUGAAAAAUGGCACAUUAAAAUGGAUCUAUUAUGCUUUUUCUUCUUACAGUUUUAGAGGCUUUCAUUAAAUAUGGUGAAAGAUUAAAAAAAAGUAAGGUUAGUACAUGUGCGACUAAUUCCUUUUAACCAAAUGCUCAGGUUUAAGAGUUUUUCUUGUUUUUGUUUUGUUUUUUUUUAACACUGGUUGAUGUCAGAGAAAACAGAUAUUCCUAAUAUGGUCAUCUAACAGAAGCUCCUCCCACCUGUUAAAAUCUGUGAGAGGCAACCAAUCACCAAUCAAUAUCAGCCUUAAAACAACUUGAUUCAGACAGUGGAUGAACUGAGGGGCUGCACCAAGGCCUAGCAUAAAGUUUAAACGUUUAUUUUGAACUGCGAAUCAUACAAAUCUAUUCUAGUGGAGUCCAAGAAUAACAAUGUGAAGCUGGAAAUGAGUGUAACUGGUCCCCUUUAAGAUAUAAUAUUUUCACUGAAGCCACAAUAAAUUGUUGUUUCACUUUAUCAAUGACAGAGCUGGUAAUAUUCAUAUAUUUAAACUUUUAUUAUGAAUGACACAACCUAUGACUAUCAUUUGGUAUGUACCUUAUUCCAUCAUUGUGAUCGGUUUUAUUCAUAUUGUAAAUUUACUGUUAUAUUACUUUUACAUUUGUUCCAUUAAGGCAUAAAACCAAGUCUGAUUGUUUUCAAAAUGAAAAUAGUAAAAAACAUCAAAUCUGAUUCAUGCAGCUCAGUAACAAAGAUAUGGCCCGUGCAGGGUACUCUCACUUAGGCCUGUGGCAAGGCCAUAAAUAUACAAUCCUAAAAGGGAUGCACUCUAAAAUGCUUGAAAGCAAUAUGUAGUUCUUUGCUUUAACAUUUGUAAAAAACAAAAAACUGAUCCAAAAAACAACGCAAAUAUAGAAAACAUUAAGUUACCAAGUACAGCACCACGGUUUCAUAACAUCAACAUUUACAUAUUAAAGUCGUUACCUUUGAUUGCUACUGAGAAGCAUGCAACACUGUGCCUUCAUGAUAUUGCCCCAUUCUCCUUUUCCAAGCAGCAUUAAAUACCCAAAUUACUGUUGCUCCUUUGAGAAGAUUUACACUGAUCUAUUUUUGUGGUCAGCUAUGGAAAGCUGCCUAGUUAGCAAACUCUACACAGAGAUAUAGAAAUAGAUAUAUAGAGAGAUAUGCACAAGUUGUACUGCAACGUUUGGAUUCUUAAGAAAGAGCAGAAUUUGAAUUUUAUGUAUGGUUUAUGUAUUAUGCACAUGCCUCUAUGUUCACGUCAUGUGAUGAGAAAUGUAUUUUAAGCACAAUGGAAACUCCGUGUUAUGAACUGUGACAUACUGUGCUAUUCAUAAUAAAUAUUUUAUACAUGCUGCACGCUGUCAGAUCUCUUCAGGCAAUGGUUCAUGGGUGUCUUUCGUGUUGUUGCGUUAUGGCUCCUCUGUUAACGAUUAGGACGCGUCUCUAAGAAGGUGUAACUCAGCAGGUGUAUUCUGCUGCUGAUCUUCUUAUGUCAGAUAAGCCUCACACUUUUGUGCUAAUUUAAGAGGAUUCUUCACUGCCCCCACUGAUCCUCCUUAGUGCCACAGAUGUGAUUAUCCCAAUGAAAGACAUCAACUAAUGGAAACACCUGAGCCUUAUCAGAACAGCAGAGUCCAGAUUACAAUGUACUUCUGUUACUUAAGGGCAAACAAGCUUGUGUCAUACAAGUGUUUAAACACCAAAUUGCAGACCAGUGCAGGUUAAGCAAUUUAAACUUUGGGGACAGUCAGUUGCUGUGGCAUGAUCAUGCGAAACUCAGGACCCUGAGGCAAGGUAAUAGCUUUCAGUUAUGACACAUCUGACUAAAAAUUCAUUAAUUCCUAACCUAAUCUUCU